AUGAUUUGGGAUCACAUCGGGAAGGGGGAGGUGGAUCUGUUUUUCGACGAGCAAGAAUGCACAAUGUCCAAUGUUCUUUUCGCUGUCCCACUCCCCGCUGAUGGAGGACGCUCUGACGUCGCGCUGGCCGAGAGCCAGACUUUAUGCAUUUCCCCGGGAGAUGCUGGUGGCUCCCCCUUGGCUGAUUCCCCUCAGAAAGGUCCUAUUGUCUCAAGCGGACGGCCCGAUAUGGCACCCCAGCCCGGAGCUGUGGAGCCUGCAUGUGUGGCUGCUUCAGGGAUCCUAGAGGAGCUGAACACCCUGCCUCCUCGUGUGAUUGAAACGAUCACGAAAUGUCGAGCACCCUCUACAAGCUGCCCCGUGUCGGAUGUUCUACGUUUUCUGCAGCACAAGCUCAAUAAUGGGAGCCUGCCAUCAAUGCUGAAGGUUUAUGUGGCUGCUAUUGCUUCAUUUCGCUCCCCGGUUGAUGGGCAAUCGAUUGGGAAGCAUGCGCUGGUGGUCAGAUUUCUUAAGGCGGCACCGUCGGUGCCGCCGUGGGACUCGGCGCUGUUUCUGAAAGCUCUCUCUCUACCCCCAUUUGAGCCCCUGGAUUCUGUUGCUAUGAGGGACCUCUCCCUCAAGACUGCUCUGCUUAUUGCCCUUGCCUCGGCUAAGUGCAUAGGAGAUUUGUACGCGCUCUCAGUGGAUGAGUAUUAUAUUAGUUUUGGACCCGGGGACUGCAGUGUUACUCUCCGGCCCAAAGCAGGUUACGUGCCAAAAUCUCUUUCUACCCACUUUAAGGCACAGGGAAUUUCUUUGCCUGCUUUAUCUGCUGAGCCAUUGGCCUCACGUGACGCCAAGGCUCAGAGCGUCAUUUGUCCUGAUAGGGACUUAAGGAUCUAUAUCGACCACUUGGCCGCCUUUCGUCAGGCUGACCAGCUUCUUGUGUGCUAUGGUGGCUGUAACACAGACCCCAGUGACCUGUCUCCACUUCAGCCACGCCUCAAUGAUUCUUGCCCUGCUAUCUGGGAUGGGGCCAAACUCCAAGUAUUUGAUCUUUUUGGUGUUGAGCCUUAUUCCGUUGACCUUGAGCCUGAGGGUCCAAUGGCCAAGCUUGCAGCUUUGGCCAUUACGCAUCCCGAUGUUGAUGGUAGCCAAUCGAAAAUGCUGGACUUGCUUCUUUGGCCUGCCCCAUCCUUGAGCAGUCUAAUUCAGGGUGAAUCUCCUGAGCCCAGCUGUGUGUCCAUAAAGAGUUAUGAAUCAAAGGAUACACCAGUUAACUUCGGGGAAUCUUCAGUUGAUAUCAGUCUAAUUCAGGGUGAAUCUCCUGAGCCCAGCUGUGUGUCCAUAAAGAGUUAUGAAUCAAAGGAUACACCAGUUAACUUCAGGGAAUCUUCAGUUGAUAUCAGAAUUUCCAAUGUUCUCAGUAACAAACAGGAUGGAUCAAACUCCCUAGAAAAGAAGAAGUUGGACUCUAUUUUUAAGGAGCUUAAGCCCAAAAUGAUCUCUCUGAUGAAAAAAGAGCUGAAGAGGUUCAAGAGAAUACUGAGUCCAGAUUACCCAGCAUGCUCUGAGAUAGAGCAGGACGAUGAUAAAGGUCAGGACAUAAUCAGAGAGGGGAUUCUGAAAAUAACACUGCACAUCCUGAGGGAGAUGAGCCAGACAGACCUCGCAAACACAUUACAGACCAAAUGUGCCCCUGCAUGUCAACAAAAACUCAAAUCCAAACUUAAAGAAAAAUUUCAGAGAAUUAACGAAGGGAUAUCCAAUCAAAUGAGCUCACCACUUCUUAAUGAGAUCUACACAGAGCUCUACAUCACAGAAGGAGGGAUUGGAGAAGUCAAUAAUGAGCAUGAGGUGAGACAGAUUGAGACAGCAUCCAGGAGACCAGAGACACGGGAAACACCAAUCAAAUGCAAUGACAUCUUUAAAGCCUUACCUGGACAAAACAAACCCAUCAGAACUGUACUGACUAAAGGAGUUGCUGGAAUUGGCAAAACAGUGUCUGUGCAUAAAUUUAUUCUGGACUGGGCAGAAGGAAACACUAAUCAAGAUGUUCACUACAUUUUUCCACUUCCCUUCAGAGAGCUCAAUGUGAUGAAGGAGAAAAACAUCAGUCUGAUGGAUCUUCUUCAUCUUUUUUUUAAAGAUGCAAAAGAACUGAGACCAACAGACCAUGAGGAUUACAAAAUUUUGUUCAUAUUUGACGGAAUGGAUGAAUGUCGACUUUCUUUAGAUUUCCCAAAAAAUCCAAACCUGUUUGGUGUAACAGAACCGGCCUCUGUGGAUGUGCUGCUGACCAAUCUCAUCAAGGGGAAUCUGCUUCCAUCUGCUCUCCUCUGGAUCACCUCUCGACCAGCAGCAGCCAGUCAGAUCCCUCCCGAGUGUGUCGACCAGGUCACAGAGGUACGAGGGUUCAACGACCCUCAGAAAGAUGAGUAUUUCAGGAAGAGAAUCAGUGAUCAGAGUUUGGCCAAUAGAAUCAUCUCACACAUGAAAUCAUCAAGGAGCCUCUACAUUAUGUGCCACAUCCCAGUCUUCUGCUGGAUUUCAGCCACUGUUCUACAGAGAAUGUUGAGUGAAGCAGAGAGUGCAGAAAUCCCCAAGACUCUCACUCAAAUGUUCACUCAUUUCCUGAUCUAUCAGACCAAACUGAAGUCUCUGAAGUAUGAUGGAAAAUGUGAAGUAGAUCCUCAACUGACUCAGAAUAAUAUUAUGUCACUAGGAAAGCUAGCUUAUGAACAACUAGAAAAAGGGAACCUGAUUUUCUAUGAGGAUGAUUUGAGAGAAUGUGGCAUUGAUGUCAGAGAAGCAUCAGUGUACUCAGGAAUUUGCACUCAGAUCUUCAGAGAGGAGUUUGAAUUGUACCUGGGGAAAGUGUACAGCUUUGUGCACCUGAGCAUGCAGGAGUUUCUUGCUGCUCUAUUCAAGCUCAUUUCAUUUAUUGGGAACAAAGAGCACAACUCAAAAAUAACUGAGUUUUUAAAGAGUGAAGUGAACCAGGCCAUACAGAGUGAGAGUGGACACCUGGAUCUUUUCCUCCGAUUCCUUCUAGGGCUCUCAUCGGUGUCCAGUAAGGCUCUUCUACGAGGUUUAUUGGCACAGACAGAUAGCAUGUCCUCCAGCCAAGAGGAAAUAGUUGAGUACAUUAAGAUGAAGAUCAGGGAGAAUUCCUCUCCAGAUAAAUCCAUCAAUCUCUUCCACUGUCUGAAUGAACUGAACGAUCACUCAUUAGUGCAGGAAGUCCAGACAUACUUGAGCAAAACAGGUGCAAGCCGUCUGUCUGGAGCCAGACUCUCUCCUAGUCAGUGGUCAGCUCUGGUGUUUGUGUUGCUAAACUCAGAUGAGGAGCUGGAUGAGUUUAAUCUAAGUAAAUAUGAUCAAUCAGAGGAAUGUCUUCUGAGGCUGCUACCUGUAGUGGAAACAUCUAGAAAAGCAGAUCUGAGUGACUGUGGUCUCACAGAAAAAAGUUGUUUGGCACUGGCCUCAGCUCUCUCCACAAGUCUGAGAGAGCUGAACCUGAGUAACAACAACCUAGAAGAUUCAGGACCGAAGCACCUCUCUACUGGACUGAAGAAUCCACAAUGUAAACUGGAGACAUUAAAUCUGAGUGACUGUGGUCUCACAGAAAAAAGUUGUUUGGCACUGGCCUCAGCUCUCUCCACAAGUCUGAGAGAGCUGAACCUGAGUAACAACAACCUAGAAGAUUCAGGACCGAAGCACCUCUCUACUGGACUGAAGAAUCCACAAUGUAAACUGGAGACAUUAAAGCUGUCUGGAUGCCUAAUUAGAGAGGAAGGUUGUGCUGCCCUGGCUUCAGCUCUGAGAUUAAACCCUUCUUAUCUGAGAGAACUGGAUCUAAACUGGAACAAACCAGGAGACACCGGAGUGAAGCUUCUUUCUGUUGUACUGAAGGAUCCACACUGUAAACUGGAGAAACUGCAACUGUGGGACUGUAAUAUUGGAGAGGAAGGCUGUGCUGCUCUGGCUUCAGCUCUUAGGUCAAACCCCUCACACCUGAGAGAACUCAAUCUGAACUAUAAUAAACCAGGAUGUUCAGGAAUGAAACAACUCACUGCUCUACUGAAGGAUCAGCAUUGUAAAUUGAUUAAAUUAAUGCUGUUUGACUGCAGUAUUGGAGAGGAAGAUUGUGCUGCUCUGAUUUCAGCUCUGAGAUCAAACCCCUCACACCUGAUAGAAUUGAAUCUGAACUACAAUGAACCUGGAGAGUCAGGGGUAAAACUGCUCUCUGCUCUACUGAAGGAUCCACAAUGUAAACUGGAGAAACUCAAGUUGUCUAAUUGCAGUAUUAAAGAAAAAGGCUGUGCUUCUCUGGCUUCAGCUCUGAGAUCAAACCCCUCACACCUGAGAAAGCUGGAUCUGAGCUGUAAUAAACCAGCAGACACCGGAGCAAAGCAGCUUUCUGCUCUACUGAAGGAUCCACAUUGUAAAUUGGAGAAGCUCAAGCUUUGGAAAUGCAGAAUUGGAGAACAAGGCUGUGCUGCUCUGGUUUCAGCUCUGAGAUCAAACCCCUCACACCUGAGAAAACUCAACCUGAACUAUAACAAGCUUGGUGAUUCAGGAGUGAAGCUGCUCUUUGAUCUACUGCAGGAUCCACAUUGUAAAUUGGAGAAACUACUUUUGACUGAAUGCAGUAUUGGAGAAGAAGGUUGUAUUGUUCUGACUUCAGCUCUGAUGUCAAACCCCUCACAUCUUAGAUUCCUCAGUUUGGGCAAUAAUGAACUAGGGCACUCUGGAGUGAAGCAGAUCUCUGAUCUACUGCAGAAUCCACUCUGUAAACUGGAAAAACUAUGGUUGUCUAACUGCAAUAUCACAGAGGAAGAUUGUGUUGCCCUUGCUUCAGCUCUGAGAUCAAACCCAUCACACCUGAGACACCUGAAUCUAAGUAAGAAUAAACCAGGAGAUUCUGGAGUGAUGCUGCUCAAUGCUCUGCAAAACGAUCCAUGCUGUAAACUACAAUGUUUUAACUGGUGAAUACGCUGGGAGGACAAGACAAAAGAUUUAAGAGAAAUACUAUGUAUACUACUGCAUUGUACAGCCAUCAUGAAAGGCAUUCUAACAGGGACUCUUGUAAGGACUCUUCAUCUGCCCAGAAAAGUCUUAGACCACCAGGUCUGAGGUGUCAGACUUACUGAUGGGUGACCCUGGCUGUCUCAUUCAACUUGGGACAGCACAAGACCAGCACUGACCAGAUGUGGUUACAGCACUCAAUACAGCCCUAAGAUCCUACUAAAUCUAGGUAUAAUAGUAUUAACUAAUAGCAUUAAUGUGUGAGCUAUAUACAUUUCGAAGUUUCUAAAUCCAGAGCAUGGCCCAGCUAGACACACUCCUCCUCUGAGCUCAUGCCACUGAAAUGAAUUAGUACUCGGGUGAAAGAAAGAUCCACCCAGGUUAGGCUCUGUUUUUUCUCUCCAUUUAUCAUUUCACUUUUGAAAAGCAUUACCAUGGUGAAUCCUCCUGUUAUUGUAGAUUUGGCUCAAUCUCUGAUUACACUCUCUUGGUCAUCUCACAGACCUUUGUUAUCAUUACAGUUUUGGUGUUUUAUUUUGUUAGUUACCCUUUGUUUCUUUUCAACAUGCAUAUCAGUGUUUUAUAUUUAACCUUUAGUGCUGUUCAUUGCUU